GAUAGAAAAUACAUAUUUUCGACAACCGGAAAAUACGUUUUUCACCUUUCACUCAGCACCUAGAAUGCACCUGACUUCAACGUCUGAAAAAUACGUCAUUUUGCUUACUGGUGGUCUUGUCCCGCGCACUCACACCCUGUAGAAGAGGCUACUCGUCUCACUCGCAGAACCGGAGGCGCUGGUGUCUAUAUUAUUCUGCAGUAGCUGUCUCCGGAGAGCGAAUGAAGGAAGAGAUUGGAACAAACAGGCAGCAUAGUAGCUAAAACUGCUGUGGACUCUUUCUCACCAAAAGAGGAACCAGACGGCAGGCACGCACGGACGCACAGGUCUAUCCUAACCGGACGAACCGACUAGUAAAUGGACAUAAUGUUUAAUCUAGCCACCGGCAGCAGAACGUGCAUAUACAGCAUCACCUUUCUGUCCGCGGUCGUGAUUUCCUCCUGCCACGCGCUCCGCCGCUGUGGGGACGUGCAGUGCGUUGAGGGCCAGCAGUGCUGUCCCCCUACCGUUACCGGCAACGGUAGCGCGAGUUCCAUGGUGCGCUGCUGCAAGCUCCCACUGCAUAUAUUCUUCGACAACGUGGGCUGGGUGACGCGCAAACUAUCGGGCAUCCUGAUCCUGCUGCUCCUUUUCGCAAUGGGCUACUUCAUCCAGCGGAUUAUCUGCCCGCGCCCGCGCCGACACCCCCACCCAGAACACCCCGAGGAGCCCUCUCUCUUCCACGGACACGCCACCGCGUCCCAGGACUCCCUACUGGACCGGUACCCCGAAUACAGUUUUGGGGACUUCACCUCGCCAGUGCUGCUACCCGCAUAUGAUGAGGUGAAGUACCUGCCGACCUACGAAGAGACCAUGCAGGAGGUGCGCAGAGACCAGUCGGAUGAUAAUUUACUGGUCCAGUCGGAGGAGCCUGCUGCGGACCGAGGGACGCGGGGAGGACCGAUACCCAGAGAAGAGGGACAGGACACUUCAGGACAGAACACACGCGCGUCACGGAAUUCUGUCUGACUAAAUGUGAUGGACUAUCCAAUUUAAGAAUUGUUAUUUUAUUAUGAACUAAAGGAGAGACUUACAGGCUAUAUUAUAACAAGUGCAAUUACAAUCUGUUGCAAUGAAUGUUGAAAAUAAUAUGAACUGGCAAUUUGGUCAAUGACGUGAGUUUUAUAUGAUUGGGUGGAUGAUUCCCCUUUUGUAUGCAAAUUAAGACUUGGUAUGAGAAACGGAGACAAUAAAAGAGAUAUGGCUGCUAUAA